AGGUGUUCUUAUAGUGUCAUUCAUUGUCUUCUAGAAAAUAGCUUGUGUGCUUCAAUCUGACCUAUGGGAGUGGUAGAAGCAACAAAAUCUUCUUCAGGUUAUGCCAAACCUCCAUGGAUGUUCACAGGAAGUGCACUGUACCAGCUCCAUCUCGUGAAAGCAGAAACUGCCCGAGCUUUAAUACCGAAGGAGUUCAGAUUAGUUGAAGCUUUUGGGUAUUCAUUUCCUCUGUUCUCUAUUCCCACACACCCGAAAAAAGAAGAAGAAAGUAUUGAAGUUGAGCUUGCACUUUGCAGAUACACUCUUGGUGGUUUUUUUCUUGCUCACUAUGAUGAUAGUCCAGCUGGGAUCUUUGAUGAGCUUGUGGUCAUUGCGGGGAUUGUCUGGAACCCCCCAACUUCUUGCGCAUGGGCUGCUAGGGUACUUGUAAACAGCCACGAAGCUUGCUUUCAUGGUCGAAAGUAUAUAGGGCUUCCAAGUCAAGUUGCUGGGUUUUCAAAGAGAACAAUAGCAAUCUCAGAGAGGUCAAGAAAUAAGGAGAACAGUUUCCUACAUAAGAUUGGUUUUGGAACUGCUUUCCACAAUCCAAAGGAUCGUAUUGAUGUUCAAGUAGCAGAAAUCAAGGAUUCUUCCACAACAACUGAUUUUUGUUGCAUCAGCCUUCCAACUGCUGUGCUAAAUUCCAGAUCAGAUAGCACGUGGAUGGGUCCCAUUGUCAAAAUGUCCCUGCCGAGCUAUAGCGGCCAUACAGAGUAUAAUCCUCACCUUCUCAAGUAUUCAUGUCAAAUUAAGUGCAGGGUUCGAGCUGUGACUCCAGCAAAAGUAUCAGGACCAACAACAACUCCACUGGACAAACAUGGAGAAGAAUUGCUUGCCCACCAAAGCUUUUACUCUGUGGGUUCUGAAUUUGGAGAACUGACAGAAAAUGAUGCACGGAACCGGAGUAUUUCUGUGUUAUUGUCGAAGCCUGUAUUGGCGUUAGAGUUCAACUUUCUGAAAAUGCAGGUGGAACCUCCAAUUGUAGUUGCUCAUUGUUCUAAGAACAUAGUUGAAGACUAAUCAUAUACCCUCUUUCAUCCUUGUCUUC